AUGCCUCAGGUAGAGGAAAGCGAUGCCAGAUCGAGCAGGCGGCGCGACGCUGAUGGGGCUGGCCACGACACGAAGGAACCCCGCCACCGCCGUGACGACGAUGACGAAGACCGAAGGGAGAGCCGGAAACCCUCAGACCGCGAACGGGGGAGAGUACGCAACAGGCGCCGCUCGCGCUCGCCGGAGGAUUCCGUCAGGUCCCGCCGACGACCCAGGAGCUCGGACAGACACCGCCAGCGCAGCCGCGAGGGCGCGCGUGACAGAAGCAGGGAGCGCGGCGAAAGGAGGAGGCGAUCUCGAGAUGACAAACACUCGAGACGGUCGAGGCGGGCUGCAGAUGACGGAGACUCUGAUCUGCCAAAGGACCACAAAAGUCUGGUGAAGCACCGUGGGCCGCUGCCCUCGCAAGACGCGUCCUUCGCCAUCGAUCGCGGCGAAGAGCCCGAGAAGCCCAAGGAAAAGCCCAAUUACGGCGCUACGGGCGCGCUGGCGGCCAUGUCCAACUCGGUGGCACAGGCGGACGGCACGUCCAUCACCCUCAAGUACCACGAGCCCGCAGAGGCACGGAAGCCCCCACCAAAAGACCAGUGGAAGCUCUACAUAUUCAAGGGCAGCGACAUUGUCGACACGGUGGAGCUAGGCCACAAAAGCUGCUGGCUCGUGGGGCGGGACGCUGCGGUCGUUGACCUGCUCGCCCAGCAUCCAAGCAUCAGCAAGCAGCACGCCGUCGUGCAGUUCCGGUACACGGAGAAGAGGAACGAGUUUGGCGACCGCAUCGGCAAGGUGAAGCCGUACCUUCUGGAUCUCGAGAGCGCCAAUGGCACGGCGCUCAACGAUAGCCAGAUUCCCGAUAGCCGGUACCUGGAGCUCCGAGACAAGGACAUGAUCCGGUUCGGCGACAGCACCCGCGAGUACGUCCUCAUGCUGGCCCCCAAGGAAUAG